AUGAGCGCUUCAUUGGACGAGCCUCACCCACGACGCUGGGUGAUGCUUGCAUUCACUUCGGCCAUACUCAUUGGGAAUUAUUAUGUCUACGACACACCAGCCGCACUCAACCGCUUCCUGCGACAAACCUUCUCAAUACCAUACGCGGAAUGGCAACAUCAUCUCGGAAUCCUGUAUGCAAGUUACUCACUGCCAAAUGUGGUGAUGCCCUUCGUCGCUGGAGGCUUGGUUGAAAGAUAUGGUCCACACAAGGUUUUGACGACAUUGUCCCUACUCGUGGUUCUUGGAGCGGGCCUGUUUGCAGUUGGUGUUCAGGAGCGGGCUUUUGGAAUUAUGGCUUUGGGAAGGGGCCUUUUGGGAAUUGCAGGAGAAUCUCUGGGUGUCGCUCAAGCGCGGAUAACAUGUCGAUAUUUUACCGGGCAGGAGUUGGCGCUUGCACUGGGGAUCAACCUUUCCAUUGCCCGAUUAGGCUCCGUUCUGAAUGACGUGGUGUCGCCUCUUAUCAGUACAUCCUCAUAUUUUGGCACUAUUGAAGAGGGGACGGUGGCCGCCGUGUGGAUAGGUUUUGCCCUGUGCGUGUUUUCAAUGCUUUCGGGGAUAUAUGUGGUGUUGUCAGAUUUCUGGUGUUGGGAGGACCACGUGGAUUUUGGAAGUGUAGGUGGAGUGCGGAGAAAGGAUUCUAUCUCGAUUGUUGGACAUAGGACAAGCUACCAGAGCUUGACGGAUGCGGUGGCGAGUGAGGCAUGGAAAGGCCGAGAGUCGAAGGCGAGCGGAGGAUUAGGUGGAAUAAUUGAAGAAGAAGAUGGGAACGGAGAGCGACGACCAAUCUCAUUCUGGCGGAAACAGGGCGGCUAUGGAGCAAUUGCCGGGGUAGAGCCCUCAAAUAACGAGAACAUUCGAAAUAGCCAAUAUUCGAUACAAUCCCGUCAAACAAUCUAUUCUUCUGACACGUCCUUGGACGAGCCGUCAAUAUCCUUACAUCGAUCGAGUAAAUACCGCUCAUCAAUCAUGUAUAUCGAAAUUUUACCCGACGUACCUGAAAACUCGUCUUUUUCCCAUCCCGCCGAAACUGAGCAACAGGGUUAUAUAGAUUCCAUUGAUGACCAAACGGCUUCACCACCAUUUCUGCAAACCCUUCCGGCUCUCCCUCUUCCAUUUUGGAUUCUGACUACCGCGAUGAUAUGCUUCUACGGAGCGACCAUUGGACUCAUCAACGUUUCUUCCGAUUUUAUACAUGGACAAAUUCGUGUAGCACCAGGCUUUGUCGGACUCAUUAUGUGUCUGCCAGAUUUGGUGUCCACCCUUCUGGUCCCCGUUGUUGGCGGAUGGUUUGGAGACUUUGGUUUGAAAAGGAGGUGGGCAGUCGUCAGCGGUGUUGGGAUUGUGUUUGUUGGGGUUUUCAUGGCGUGGAGCGAAACGAUCGGGGAGGGUGUGGGUGUUGUGCUUGGAUUGACGGUUGUUGGUAUUUGUUAUGCGGUUUAUUCAAGUCUCUUUUGGCCGACCAUUGCACUGCUUUUGCCAACGCCUCAUCUUCCAACAGCUUACAGCCUUGCCACCUCUCUCCUCAACACAGGUCUAACCAUAUUCCCCCUCAUCAUUGGUGAAUUUGUCGGAGCAGACCCGAGUUACACCUCAACAGUGAUCUUUUUAGCUUUGGUAACGGGGCUAGGCGGACUGGUUGGUGCAAUUGGAUUCUGCUUUGUAGGUGAGGAGGAAGUCAAUGAGGAGUUUAUAUGGGAAAGUAAAGGUCCUUCUUCGAGGGAAAGUGGGACUGCGCGGUGGGUGGAGAGUGGAAGGAUGUUUGGGUCAGGUCCUGACCAGGUUGGAGAAGAGGUGGUGGGCGAAAAAGUAAUUAUUUCGUAG